AAAGACAUGUAUCAUGUUUAUCUGAAAUUGGGGAAUUCAAGUUUGGUACCGCUCAACGUUACUUUAAAUGAGCUAAAUGCAUAACGUUAGCUAGCUAAUGCUAACUUGCGCAAGUGUCAGAUAGCUAACUAGCUAGCAACUGAAUGGGAGUUCCCUUUGGCCAACGUUACAGUUGCCAAUGUAGCACGCUAGGUUUUCCCCAUUACAUUACUGUUUCGCCCUUUUCCUCUGAUCUAGCUAGCACCACAUUUUCAAAAUUGAAUAGGCCUAACUUAGGGUGUGUUCGUAAAUUGACGUUUGAGUGCCAGAGUGAGCUCUGGGCGUUUGUAAAUUCAGAGCGUUGUUAGAUUGUCAGUUCGUAAAUGAGCGUUCAGAGCGCACACUGGACGCUCUGACUGAGGAAUAGGGUCCGAGUGUUCUAACCUCACAACGGCAGUCAAGCACCCAAACUAACUGAGAGAACACCUCACUCUGACCAUUUUACUCACUAUAGCAGUUGGUGGCUGUUGCUGGGAACACGUUAAUUACGUUUUUUUUGCCGACGUUUACUGGCACGGGCCAUAUUCGGGUGUUGAGCGUUCGUAAAUUCAUCAGGUUUUCUGUGCUCUGGCACGCUGACGAGAGUGCUCUGAAAUCGGAGUAGAUAGCCAAAGUGAAUUUGAAGUUCGCAAUAUGUUUAUUAUGGCAUAGGCUAGAUGACGACAAAAUAUAUCAGUUUGCUAGCUAGCUACCUAGCUAACGUUAUAGCUAGUUUAUGGUUUUCAAUUCGAGUUUGACUGUUGUAGUGGGCCUCAGGCUGUGGCAUGGUUGUUUACAGUUUACAUUCUGGUUGGUGUUAUUGCUAGCUAGAACGUUUAAUUCAAAUUGACGUUCCUUUCUUUAUUCAAGAGCCGAAAUGACUACUGCUCCAUAUAACUACUCCUACAUCUUCAAAAACAUUAUAAUUGGGGAUAUGGGUGUAGGGAAAUCAUGCCUGCUUCACCAGUUCACAGAAAAGAAAUUCAUGGCAGACUGCCCCCACACUAUUGGAGUCGAGUUUGGCACAAGGAUAAUCGAGGUGAGCGGCCAGAAGAUCAAACUGCAGAUCUGGGACACUGCGGGACAGGAGCGCUUCAGGGCCGUCACACGCAGCUACUACAGGGGAGCAGCAGGGGCACUCAUGGUCUAUGACAUCACCAGGAGAAGCACAUACAACCACCUUAGCAGCUGGCUGACUGAUGCUAGAAACCUCACCAACCCUAAUACUGUGAUAAUUCUUAUUGGUAACAAGGCAGACUUGGAGGCCCAGCGAGAUGUAACCUAUGAGGAGGCUAAGCAGUUUGCUGAGGAGAACGGUCUAUUGUUCCUAGAGGCUAGUGCAAAGACGGGUGAGAAUGUGGAGGACGCGUUCCUGGAGGCAGCCAAGAAGAUCUACCAGAACAUUCAGGACGGAAGCCUGGACCUGAACGCCGCCGAGUCUGGUGUCCAGCACAAGCCCUCCGCCCCGCAGGGCGGCCGGCUGACCAGUGAACUGCAGCCCCAGAAGGAAGGCUGCAGCUGCUAAUGACCACACCCGCUGACCCUCCAGCUGACCUUUGCCUCCCUGUGCCACAGCCUCCCUCCACCACCCAGGAGCUCACAUGCCUCCACCAAGGCACUGACAGUCUGGGCCCCAGUAGGCUCUGAGCCAGGGAUGGGCUUUAUACCACUACCAGCCAUCUACAUCCAUCUCCCUCUCUUUCUCUGUCUCCCCAUAUCUAUCUCACACAGCUAUACUGUAUGUCCCCAUAGCCUACAUAACCCAGUGCACCCAGCACCUAUGAUGAGAUGAGCAAGCCUCAUGGGUCACACAUUGUGAUUAGAACACAGCAACAGGCCUUUGUGGCUGGCUGGCUGCUCUACUGAAGAAAAAGCCUUUUUCUAUCCACAGAAGAAACCAUGAUGUGCAUAACUAUAAAUGGAAUGAUUCAUCACUCUUGUGGUGUUUUGAAUGUAGUACUGUUUUAAUUCAAAUUAAAUUAUUAAGAGUGGCUGCAAAAUACUUAGCAAACAGGCACAGAUACCAAAGAUAAUGGAUGCAUGAUUCACUCAACGUGUAUAACCAUUCACCAAAUUGUUAAUUCUUUUUAAACGUUUCCGGAGAUUUUAUCGGUCUUGGAAUACGUUGGAUUGACUUUUUGUUCGAUAUAAUUAUUAUAAAAUAUUUGUUAUUUUUUACCCAUUUAUUUUAAUGAACAUUAGUGGGAAAUGAUGUGUAUAGUAUAAUGUAGAAUAUGAGCGUGUGAAAGACCAAAUGGUCAAUUUUUUGGGGUGCCUCAAUGAGAGAGAUCUGACCUGUAGCAUGUACUAUUGGAAAGUUAGACAGAACACUGGGCGUGGAGUCCAAGAGAAAUCUUUGCACUUUUUGUGAUGUGGUCUGGAGGCCGUUUCGGUGGAGAUAGAGCUCCAGCAGGGGGGUUUUUACUAGAAACCUUACGGAAGCAAACAGGGAGGGACUAACCUGAAAUUACCCAAUGAAUACACCCCAUCAGUAGAGAUUCUGAUCAGUGAGACAUCUCAGAUGCCCACUCCAGCUGUGACUCAAAUGGGAGUAUUGUAUGUGGAUCUAUGGUGGCUGUGGAAAUUGGUCACCCUGCUCAGCCCGUGGCUUUGUAUUAGAGGGAUAUCUCUCUCCUAUGUCCCCUGGGGCACUUUAGUAGGACUUAGCUGGUGAACUGAGGUUGUGAGGUGGUUCAGCAAUGCACCUCUCUCCCUUUGAUUGAUGUAAUCUCAGGGACUUCAUCUCACUGCUUGCAUCCCAAAUUGUACCCAUAGGGCUCUGGUCAGAAGUCGUGCACUGCAUAGGUAAUAUUGCGGCAUUUGGGAUGCGACCCCUGAUCACACCCCCCAUAUCAUUCACUCUGUGAUUGUUUUUGCCUAAUUUAGUGUUAACUUGUUAUGCAAACUAAUGUAGAACGCCUUCCUGUAAAUUCAAUAGGCUACUAUAUUAGAUUCAUAACUAUUUUGAUAUAUUUUACUGCCUCUCCAGAUCAUAUGCACAUAUUGUACAAAACAUUAGGGACGCAUUAAUAUUGAGUUGCACCCCCUUUUGCCCUCAGAACAGCCUCAAUUUGUUGGGCCAUGGACUCUUCAAUGUGUCAAGCUUUCCACAAGGAUGCUAGCCCAUGUUGACUCAAUGCUUCCCACAGUUUUGUCAAGUUGGCUGGAUGUCCUUUGGUUGGUGGACCAUUCUUGAUACAGGGAAACUGUUGAGCAUGAAAAACCCAGCAGUGUUGCAGUUCUUGACACCUACUACCAUACCCCGUUCAAAGGCACAAAAAUAUAUGUAUAUUAUUUUGUCUGGUUUGUUCCGAUUCUAAUAACACCAGAUUCAUUCCCUUGUAAUGGAGCAUCCAUCAGGGCUAUCUGAGCCACGCUGAGAGCAGUUUAUCUUAGCUCCUCACCUUAAGCAGUUCCUGUCCCUUUUCUUCAUGUCUUAGCAGGGGAGGCUGGUGGGAGGCCCUAUAGGAGGACGGGCUCAUUUUAAUGGUAGAAAUGGAACGGAGUCAAACAAGUUGAUAAGGUGAUUGAUGUUACGAUUCCAUUCCAGACUUUACAAUGAACUCUUCCUUCUAUAGCUCCUCCCACCAGAUUCCUCUGGUGUAUACACUAUGAACCAAAUGAAAGCAAACAGGUAAGGACCUACCUGAAUUUGUCCAAUAACAAACCCUUGUUUUUGUUGCAAAAUGUUUUCUAAUGCAAAUCGUUUUGCACUAAUCAAUACACCCCAGAGGACAGGAAAGCUCAUUCCUCACCAUUUCACAACAAUGAUCUCCACAUUGGGAUGAGCACACGCGGUGCAUUCUGUAGAGAGCUUAUGUUUCUCACUAAUCUUUCGUUGAAGUCAUUCCAUAUUUACCUUGACAUCACUGAUGUAUGUGAUUUCUUAGUCGGAGAGAUGUCGAGCUAUGAUUCUGAAUGUUUUUUUUUCUUUCUGCAGAGGUGUUAGUGUGUUAUGUUCAAUCGGUAUUUGCUUGUGCUGUAUUUCAGGGCCUAGUAUCGCAACGCAGCAGUAGUGUUAUCUUGAAAAUGGGCUUAGAAGAUACAACUGUAAUGCAAUUUCUCAAAGCUCGAUGCACUGUAAAAAGACUGGUUCAGUCUGCCUUUCACUCAAGUUCUUUGGUGGCAUGAAGAGACUGGCUAAUAUUAGUUGUGGUGCUUUUCCCCAAACGGUCUCCUUGGAAGUGUUGAGAAGGAUUUAAAUUGGUCUCAUUACAUGUAGCUCCAUCACGUAGGCCUAGUCUCAUAUUCACAAAGCAGCUGAGUGGGAGAGAAUCUAGGAUCAGGUCCACCCUGUUCAUGUAGUCUUAUUCAUUAUGAUCUUAAAGGCAAAACUAAUCCUGGAUCAGCACUCUUACUCUGAUAGGCUUGAUACAUAUGGUCCCUGGUCAAAAAUCUUACGUGUUGGAAUUGGUUCACUGAUGGCUAGCCAUUUCUGUUUGUAAUGAUUUUCUUUGAUUAAUGUAACAUUUUUGGCUUGAGCAAAUGUACUUUCAUUAUUGAAUGACUUUAUUUAGAUAACCAUUAUUGUACAUUCUUUAUACUCUUGUGAAUCUAAGCACAGAUGCUCUUGACAAGACCAGAUUAUAAAAAGUGUUUCUGUGUAAUAAUACUGACUUCGAAGGACCACCUCUUAACCAUGGUAAAAUAUUUAUGGAUAAACAACUCUUGAUCUCAGUUUGGCGCUUUCUGUAAUUAGAUUUUGUUUUGAGAACAGCUCUGGAUUAAGGGCAAUCUUGUGUGUGGCAACUAGGGAUGUGCAUCUUUCUCUUUUAAAGAUGAUUCGGUACAUAUCUAUACUGAACAAAAAAAUAAAUGCAACAAGUGAAAUGUUGGUCCCAUGUUUCAUGUGCUGAAAUAAAAGAUCCCAGUAAUAUUCCA